UUUGCAGCAUUAUUAUUAUUUCUCUAGUAUUACAGUAUAACGAAAGCCGGUACCGUACCCGCGCGAGUUUAAGGAACAGAAAAUUGCCCCAGACCGCCCGCAAUAGCGUCGGCCUCUUUGACAUCAAAGAAACCGAGUCUUGUGCGGGCGGUCCAGGGAAAUUUACUGUCCCUUAAACUCGUGCGGGUACAGUAUAUGCACUCCUCUCACGUCAGACAAAUGCAGUAAUGUUUUAGUUCAGAAGUAAAUUACCAGCCGGUUGUUGGAUAAUGGAGACACCAGCACUGUUAGCGGUGGCAUUUUUAAUGUUUUGCUGGAUAUUUGCGCCUGUACAAAGCCAUGUGCAAACACUGAACCAACUGCCGGCCUCAAUCAAAAACAGCUCCGGUUUCGAAACUACCGGAUUCAAUGAAACCGUUGUAACAGCCAGCCUGUGUACGGAAGGAAAUGUUACCAAGGACCAGCAGGAGCGUCUUCGGUCCUUUUUGGAGUAUGGUAAAGUCAUGGGCUACAUUCGCUUUUACGUGCUGGCUCAGAAUAUUGCUCCGCUCCACGAACCACAAAUGGGCAAACUCACGGAGUUCGAGAGCCUCUUAAAACUACCGGCAAGCUUCGGCUGGCAUGAUGUAACGGUCGUGUCCAAUAAUCAUUCGAACAGCGAACUGGAAUCAGCACUGGAGUAUGCCUGGCAAAUUCAAUUUGAUGCUUAUGCAACGGAGCACAAAAUCCGGCGCGACACCAUGAUUAUUCGGAUUUUUUGGCAUUUGAACGAAGGCGACACGCUGACUACUUUUGGAUCUCCCAUUUCUCGCAUCGUCUAUAUUGUGACAAUCUCUGAUCUCGACGAAAUGGAAAAGCUAUCUCAAAUCCCGCCCACCGAUGGUAGCGAACGCGUAAUAAAGCGUAUUCCGCAUCCUUCAGAAACCGACUUCGCCAUACGACUGAAAGAGAAAGGCGUAGAAGUAUACGAUAAAGAGCUUUUUUACGCAAGCUACAUGAUCUUCAAAGGUCAUCCUCAAAGCCUGAAUGUAUCGCAGCUACGAAACGAAUUAUUAACCGAAUUAGAAAGCUCGCGGGAUGCCAUGCAACCACCCUGUGAAACCGCUGGGAAACUGGAUGUGCUGAUCGGAACUCCGAUUCACCACGUGCUCAUUUCUAACAGCACCAACGGGUCAUAUUCACAGGGUGAUUUGACCCUCCUUUACUACCAGCCAACAACCAAUGGUAAAGUGAAUACUUAUUGGCGCUCACAAUUGGAGCCUAAACACAGCCAACUAGAGCGUAUACCACACCCAGAAAUUUACCAACGUUAUAAAACGAAUCGCUCGUUCAAUUAUUACCUCCAGCCAGGAUUCUCGUUCCGCAUGUACACAUCGGCGCCGGUUAAUUUCCAGUCACUUCCGCAGAUUGAAGCCGAUAUAGCCGAGCAACUAAGCAAGAAAUUAGUUCGAGAGGAUCAGUUAGUAAAUGUCAUCAUCUGGAAUCCCGACUUGAAUAACAGCGUUGUUGUUAACUUUUUUGUCGUACUGGAAGUCGAUGGUGUGACGUCCUUUCCACUAAAUCCCAGCUUGUUCUACGCCGAGCAGAUUUACGCGCAUCUCGAAGGACUGCAGACUAAAGUGGACUGCUAUCAGGACGCUGAUCUCUACGCGCGGAAAUACGUUACUUUGAGCCGACAACCUAUUCCGUUAGCGGCGCGGUAUCUAUCAGGUGAUUUUCUAAAAGAUUGCCAAGAUGGCCGGAUAAGCUAUCGUGCGUCCGGAGAGAUUUACGACUGUCCACUACAAGCGUUACAAGAAAAUUUCACUAUAUAUCUCCUGGCUGGCCAAACUGAGUUGCCGUCGAAUGCGAGGAUCGAGGAAAUUGUAAAAGCCGCGUUUGCUGAAGUCAAUCCGUUGACGAUCGAUAACGCACGCUUCAGUGUUACUCUCUCAAAACAUCAGCCAAUUUUCCGCACCACAGUAGGGUCUAGUUUCAACGUUCCACUUACACAUAGGAUGCAUGCCGACCGAGACGGUCCGGAAAAAAAUACCCUAAGUGGCCAUGCUGUCCGCUUUGAUUUCUCUCUGUCGUUUACCAACGUGCCGAGCAGCAGGAUGCACAAUUUAUGGAAAAUUCCUCUUCAGUUGAUUGCGGAUAAACUCACAGCGGAUAAUCCUGAUGUGAUGAUAUUCCAUCCGGAUGCUUCUUUCCGCCUGUACACAAAUCCGCCCAUCAGCAUGCAGUCGCUACUGACCAUUCCAGAUAUGAUACACCAGCUCGCUGUCUUUUCAGUUUCUGAUGUCAUCGUCUGGAUCUCUCUAGAUGAGCAUUUCAGCGGAAAGACCGUGAAUUUCUUUAGUGUAAAACAAAGACCGAACCUGUAUCCCGUACCUUCCAAGUCACAGCGGGGUGAGGAGCUGUAUCAGGAGCUUUUACAAAGAAUGUUCCGCGAAUAUCGUGAGUCGAGUCCGGAGCGUAUAGGUCGUUACGAGUACCGAGGCGUCCAGUUCAGCCGAGAGGCGUUUAAUUCGUCGGAUUCCGGGCCGGUAAACUGCACUUUUAAUCCAACUCACGCGGAUCGGUUAUGCGCUUGUCUUCUGCCCAGAACAUUCACAGUGUCGGUUGUGUAUAAUCACAACAGUGGGCGUUUCACUCAACGAUCGGAUCUGGAUUCUGAUCUGGUUCUUCGCGCGGUCGGUGAUGCGUUUGCCGAAGCCAAUCCUUUAACACUGCCCGGUGCAAGUCUGACGGUUGGACUAACUGGUCGCUCUGAUAAACACCAGACACUCAAAGGCCAAACGGUCACACAGUUCGUUUUCACGCUUUCGUACCCGGAUAUGGAUACCGAUAAAUACCGAUAUUUGUGGCGCUACCCGAGCGACGACAUUAUGAUGAGACACUUGCAAGAUACCGCCUCGGCCUCUAAGGUCACGGAUCCAUUCUUUUAAUGCUAUUAAUAUUAAUGCUGGUCAGUAAUCCUGUGCUUUCUUUACGUCGGUUGCGUACUGAGUGAAUUCUUCGGCUGUUGUUGAAGCAACGUUUUGCUGAAUAUCAAGCAACGUGUUUAGCCAAAAGCAGAGACGCGGUCUAGUUUAAUGACCCGUUACACGCCUAUUAUUUUUAGAUAGUAAUUAAUAUAACCAUAUACGUAUAUAUAUAGUUUU